AUUACUCAACAGAUGGUCAGUUUUCUCGCUUCACUUUACAGCGAGCCCAUCCGGUCCCACCCCAUCGACCAUCACCAUUAAUCAGGAUUGAGGAGGCCAGCCAUGGCGGAAGAGGGGAAGAGCAGCAGCGGAGUGCGGGUGUGCGUCACCGGAGGCGCCGGGUUCAUCGGCUCGUGGCUCGUCAAGAAGCUCCUCGAGAGAGGCUACACCGUCCACGCCACCCUGCGGGACACCGGUGCGCGCGGCGUGCUCCUCCGUCUCAUGGCGCCUCGCUCCGAUCCACCGCGUCGCGUCGGGGAAUCCGCCAAAAAGCUCAAGGAGCGGAGGCUGGUCGCCGAUCGGCUCCUGUGUGUGGUUGCCCGGUUCAGAUAUCUGAUUCCGAUUCGUCUGGUGGCCGCAGGGGACGAGGAGAAGGCCGGGCUGCUGCGGCGGCUGGUCCCCGCCGCGGCGGAGCGGCUGCGGUUGUUCGAGGCCGACCUCUUCGACGCCGCCACCUUCGCGCCGGCGAUCGCUGGGUGCCGGUUCGUCUUCCUCGUCGCCACGCCGUACGGGCUCGAAGCCGCCAGCUCCAAGUAUAAGACCACGGCGGAAGCAGCAGUGGCCGCGGCGCGCGUGAUCCUUCGGCAGUGCGAGGAGUCGCAGACGGUGAAGCGCGUGAUCCACACCGCCUCCAUAGCGUCCGCCUCGCCGCUGAAGGAGGGCGGCGCCGGCGCCGGCUACAAGGAUUUCAUCAGCGAGUCUUGCUGGACCCCGCUCAACGUUGACUACCCUCUGCGCAGCGCGCACUUCGACGAGUACAUACUGUCGAAGCUGCAGUCGGAGCGGGAGCUCCUGAGCUACAAUGCCGGCGAGCGCCCGGCGUUCGAGGUGGUGACCCUGCCCCUGGGCCUCGUCGCGGGCGACACGGUCCUCGGCCGCGCCCCGGAGACGCUGGAGCACGCCGUGUCGCCGGUGUCCCGGAACGGGCCCUCCUUCGCGUUCCUGCGCCUGCUGCAGAGGCUGCUCGGCUCGCUGCCGCUGGUGCACGUGGACGACGCCUGCGACGCGCUCAUCUUCUGCGCGGACCAACCCUCCGUCGCCGGCCGGUUCCUCUGCGCCGCCGCCUACCCGACCAUCCACAACGUCGCCGCCCACUUCGCCAGCAGGUUCCCCAAUCUCGACGUCCUCAGAGAGACGGAGGCGGUGGCGAGGGUGCAGCCUGCCGAGGACAAGCUGGGCGCGCUGGGCUUCAGGUACAGGUACGGCAUGGAGGAGAUCCUCGACGGCAGCGUUGCCUGCGCGGCGAGGUUGGGUUCUCUCGACGUGGCCAAGCUCAGCGUGCAGAAAGAGUGAAAAAGCAGGAAGGCUCAUGCGUUUUAGGUUUUGAGUUUUUUAAGUGUUUUGCACGUUCCAAACUGCCACUGAAUCUAGCAAACUUGAACAGUUGAACGUGACCUGGCUGUACCUUCAUCGUGCAUGUUAAAUUCGGUGUUUGGCUUUUCCUAUUGUGAGCGUAAGCCCUGCUUGCAGGCUUGUGUUUCGUACGGAAUGUGAACUGUAUCCCAAAAAAUUCUACCUGCAUUUUAUUCCCCUUUUGGGACUAAAA